AUGGCAUUGAGAACCGCAUUGCGACGAAUUAACUCUAGCGCCCCUCUGCGCUACAAAGCCUGGACCAAAAUGCUAAACGACAAAGUAAAAACGUCAGAUGAUGCUUCUGCAGUCUCAGCUUUAUCAGCAGUCUGUGACUAUUAUGGCUCAAGUGUCCCAAAAGAUGAACUUCAAAGCAAAAAUAAUUUCGAAAUUAACUGGGACGAAUGGAGCCACUUGGUUACUCCUAAUAUAGUCUCAAAGCUUAGAGAAAAGGUUGAAGCUAUAAAUAAAGAAGAAUAUGACUCCUCCGUCCUCGCAAACCAAGCUGUAGAAGAGACUGAAGAGCUUAAAUCCUUAAAAAGCUAUGUUUAUUGGAAUGGAGCACUGCAUUUGAGCUUUGUAGCUGAGCAAGACAAUCUUAUUGAGAACAUUAGUCAUGCAAGACCUUUGAAUGACAUUGAUUUGUGGCAAUACAGGACCAUGUAUAAGUAUGUGGACUGCCCUACAAGAUGGGAUCAUGAUUUAGGCUGGUAUUUGUCAAAUAAUGACCAAGUUAUGGAAGACGCUGAUAUGACCAAUGUGUUCCAGUUCCAGAAGGACCUUGGAAAGGUAGCCUUGAUGAGAUAUUACUAUGACUGGGUCGGAAGACAUCAAAUCCUUUGCACAGUUGGCAAGCUUUCUCAAACUGAACGUGAAGAAUAA